AAUGUGGUUCCUACACUCUGUAUGGAGGAAAUUAACCCAGAGCAGGGCGGUAGACUCCGCCGGGCCUCUGGAAAGGGCGUUCUUUGAAUCCGUUUACCGACUCGCCUUUAUAACUGGUCUUUCCACAUCAGAUGACUACAUGGGAUACAUGAUAUACAGCAGCAGUGUCAGGAUGCUAAGUGGCCUGGUCGUAAUCUGCGAGAUAUGGCAUGCACUGGGGAACAACAUGAGUUUGGAUGAGCUCAUCUCUAGCGUCAACGUCAUAUUCAUACACUUGAUCACUCUUUGGAAACUUAUGAUUAUGGUGAGCAACAAAAAAGUGUUCAAGAAAUUAGCAAGGGCUUUGGAGUCUCCAAGUUUCGAUAUAUCUACUGAAAACAGACAGGCCAUCGUGAAUCAUUGGGUUCUCACGCACAAGAAAUACUUAAAAGUUUUGCUGUGUCUAGCCUAUCUCACUCUGGCAGUGUGGGUACUACACCCACUAGUAGACGACAUGGAUUUCAACUUAAUGGUGGAUGUGAAGCUGCCAUUUGCUUACGAUAGUCCCCUGCGUUACGUCAUCUCCUACUUAUUUGUGGGCACUAUGUUCAGCUAUGCGUCCUCCAUGGUGAUAAUGUCUGAGGUGAUCAUGCAGGCUCAUCUGAUACCACUUGUGUGUCAGUUCAAUGUGCUGGCAAACUGCUUUGAGAAUGUCUUUGAGGAAUGCGCUUCGGAAUUUCCUGGUGCUAUUUGUUUCCCAGAUAUAAACAAGCAUGAGUUGGUGAAGCACAACAUGUUUGUUGAGAAAUAUAGGAAGAGAUUGGGCGAUUUGGUUAAACAACAUCGGGAGAUUUUAGAUCAAACUACAGAUUUGAAGACAAUACUAAGCGCUCCGAUGCUAGGCCAGCUGGCUUGCAGCGGCUUACUCAUAUGUUUCGUCGGUUAUCAAGCAACCGCUACGAUUGCAGAAAAUUUGGGCAAAUUCGUUAUGAGCCUUUUUUAUUUGGGAUACAACAUGUUCACAUUGUACAUCAUUUGUCGAUGGUGUGAAGAAAUAACUAUCCAGAGUCAGCGUAUAGGCCAAUCAGCGUACUUCUCAGGCUGGGAGAGCGGUGUGUCGCAUGUGCCCGGCGCGCGCGCCACUAUCAUAUUGGUGAUCGCGCGCUCCAACAAGCCCCUUGUGUUCCUCGCUGGGGGCAUGUACACGCUCUCUUUAACUUCGUAUACCAGUGCAUUAAAAGGCCAGAACCCCAACAUGAAAGACGUGUCCCUAAGAAUUGGUAACGUGGAACCUCUCUGCAAUGACCUAAAAGACAACCCGGAUUUUCACGUCGAAGACUUCAGGAACAACAGAAUAAACCGAGUCGGUGCCGUUGGCAUGUACUUAUCAGAAAAUUUGCGCGAAUACUGUAUUUUUGGUAAUGGAAGUCCUCACGAAGAAGGUGUGGUUAUAAGCAUAUUUUACAAAACAAAUGAAGGUUCUACUGAGAGCAAUGAGGUGGACCUAUCACAUCGUACUAUUAUGAUCCGACGAGACGGACUUGCUGAUGAUGAAGUGCAUCCGUUGUUUCAGCAACAUAUACAAAGUGAAAAUGAAAGACGUAACGGGAGACUUGUUUAA